GUGGGGGCCGCAGGUGCGGCGCGCCCCGACCCUGCCCGCGCGCCGCUUCGCCGCGUUGCAGGUCGGGCGGCGUUUCGCCUUGACGGCAGCGCUCAAAGGGCCGAGCGAGCCCAGUGAGCACGUGGACAUUGGCGCCAAGCUCGCCGGGCUGAAUUUGGCGGGGCUACCGUCGCGGGCGUGGCUGCGCACGGGCGCUGCCCUGAAGGGCGGCGACGCCGGCAAGUGGCGGGGGCGCGAGUUCGGCUGGCCGGAGUGGCACCUCGCGUUUGACCAAUAUAUGGUCGCUGGGGCUGCGACAGCCCAGAUGUCACUCGGCGCCGCGCUCGCGCAUAAGCAGAACGUCCUGCAG